UGUCCGUUUUUUGUGUGUGUCUCCUUCUUUUGGCUGACGGGGCUCUCGGUUGCCCCCCUAAGGAAAAAGAGAAGCAGAGUGAAUCCGGGGAGGAGAAUGGCUCCGACGGCUUCAUGCACUCCAUGGACCCCCAGCUGGAGCGGCAGGUGGAGACCAUCCGCAACCUGGUGGACUCCUACAUGGCCAUCGUCAACAAGACCGUGCGCGACCUCAUGCCCAAGACCAUCAUGCACCUGAUGAUCAACAACACGAAGGACUUCAUAAACGCGGAGCUGCUGGCGAACCUGUACUCGUGCGGGGACCAGAACUCCCUGAUGGAGGAGUCGGCGGAGCAGGCCCAGCACCGUGACGAGAUGCUGCGCAUGUACCACGCCCUGCGCGAGGCACUCAGCAUCAUCGGCGACAUCAGCACCACCACCAUCUCCACCUCCCUGCCCCCGCCCGUCGACGACUCCUGGCUGCAGGUGGCGGGAGGCCAGUCCGGACGCAGGUCCCCGGCUACCAGCCCCACCCCUCAGAGAAGGGCCCCCCCGCCAGGACCUCCUUCCCGGCCUGGGUCCCGGGUCUCUGCCCCUGGCCCCCCCCCUGCUGGGGGUCCGCCUGUGCCCUCCCGCCCCGGGGCAUCCCCGGACCCCUUCGGAGGGGCGCCCCCGCAGGUCCCCUCCAGGCCGAACCGUGCCCCCCCCGGCGUGCCCAAAAUUACAAUCAGUGACCAAUGAGGACUAACGCUAAUGCCGGAGGGCACCAGCCUCACCAACCCGACCCGGCAGGCCCACUGACUCCUCCCUCCUUGACCUUUAACCCCGGGCUGGCUUCACCCACCUCUCUCACCCUGUGACUGGCUCUGAGCACGGAUACGGCCCUCCUGCACACCCCUACCCCACACCCCCAAACCUAAAACCCCACCCCACCCCACCCCACACCUAGACCUGCUCCUCCAUCUUCCUCCCUCACCCUCUUCUUCCUCUCCCACUAACUGCUACACUGUUCCUGAUGAAAACAUACAGUUUUCACACACACACCACACGGACAAACGCACUCACUCGCAGACAUACGGACACCCAAAUGACAUACACACACACACACACACACACACACACAGUUCCUCUGGGUCGUUGGGAGUGGAAGAUUGAGAGAGGAGGACAGGGAAAAAAGAAUGGGAGUCGAGGAAGAACGGAAUUCUGUCCUUCUCCGCUGUCUUCCAUCCAUAUUUCUCCUUUCUCAUCACCCUCCAUAUCCAACGCCAGGUUUGCUUGUCCCUGUUCGUCCUCCAUGCAUUUCUGCUGCCUAAUUCUACUGCCCCUAACCCUACCCCCCCCUCAG